UUUUUAUCACUCCUUUUUCGAUUUAUUAACACUUCUCGCAAAAACUUGAGAUUAAACGUCCAUAACGGUUCAAUAGGCUUAUUUAUGUAAACUGUUUUUAAUGUUUUGUAUUUAUUUCAGAUAUUGUUAGAAGAUGGUUGCAAGUGUAGUGUUUUUCUUAGUAGUUUUAAUGGGAGUCAUGAAUACAGAGGCUGUUGUCACAAAUGAAGAUAUCAGGGUAGCAAUUUUACAAAUUGUCAAUGUAGUUCGAGCGACGGGUGACAAAUUAGAAAAACACGAGUACCGCGAUAGGGUGCUCGGCGAGCAAUUAAAGAAAGGCAUGAUAAACAUCGAUAAGCGGAUAAAAAUGUUAGAUCCGCUCAAAGGAACCGUCGGGAGGUUGGACGAAAGAUUGGCGGCCGUCGAAACGAUUUUAAUGCAAACGAACGAAAGAGAAAAAAUGCAAUUGCAGCGGACGUACGAGGCGGUCAUUGACAUACAGAAAAAUCUGCCUGUUAUUAUGGAGGAGAUGAAAAACGAAAUUAUUUCAAAGAUUUCAGCAAAUGAACCUCCUGCUCAGAUCACGGAACCUAUAAUGUCUAAGAAAGACUUUGAGAAAAUGGAAAAAGAGGUGAUGAACAAAAUUGACAAAGUUACCAAUACUAUAGGAAAAAUCGAAAACGAGGUUUCUAAGAUUAAAACAGACAACCAACAAGUUAAAGAUUUACAUAACAAAUCAUCGGACAAUUUGGAAAAGUUAAAAAGACACUUCAAUGACAGUCAACAGUUGUUAAAUAAGUAUGAUAAAAAACUAGCUGACUAUAACAGUAAAACUGACAAUAAAGAAAAUCAAGAGUGGAAGCAUAACGUCAUAAAAGCUUUGGAUGGUCAAAAAUCUAGUGUUAAAGACAUCUUGCAAGAUUUGAAAAGUCUCCAUAGUCAGGUAAAACAAUUACCACAAAAAGAUGUAAUUAAUAAGUUACAAAAUUCUAAUAACAAUUGUCAAGAUCCCUCUUUAAAACAAGUUUUACACAAGAUCGAAGGUAAAUUAAAUAAAACCCACGAUGAGGUUACGAAAAAUCUUAAUGGACUGACACAACUUACUAGUACUUUGAACAAAAGCCUGGCUAACACAAAUAAUGCGGUCAAUUCACAGAAAUCUAGUGCAAAAGAUAUCAUACAAAAUAUUAAAAAUGUACAAAAUCAACUUCAUAAACUACCUCAGAUAGAAGAAUUGGCAACAGGUCAACGAGAAACUAUUAAAAAAUUAGAAAUUACCAUGAAAAACAUUGAUAUUCUGAGAGACGUUGGUAACAUGGUUGUUGGCACUAGUAAAACUCUCGUGGAGAAUUGUUCUAAAACAAAUAAUGGUUUGGAUUCUCAAAAGUCUAAUUUACAAGAAAUUUUAAGGAAUGUUAAAAACCUACCAAACCAACUUCACAACAUUCCACAAAUUGAUGAAUUAGCAGCUGCUCAACGAACAGCUGUGAACAAAUUAGAUGAUGCUGUGAAAAAUAUUCAUGGUUUAACAGAAGUCACUGCUACUCUUAUGAAAAGUAUUGCCAACGCAAAUAGUGCUUUAGACGCUCAGAAAUCAAAUACGCAAGAAGUUUUAAGCAACAUUAAAAACGUACAAAAUCAGCUACGUAAACUUCCACAAAUGGACGAACUGUCUACUGAACAAAGAACUGCCGUAAACAAAUUGGAAGAUAUAUUAAAAAAUAUCAAUGGUUUGACAGAAAUUACCGGCAUUCUUAUGAAAAGUUUUGCUAAUACAAAUAAUGCUCUUGAAAACCAAAAGACUGAUGUCAAAGGAAUUAUACGAAAUAUCAACAAUUUACAGGACAAGAUAAAUUAUUUACCACAGAAAGAAGAAGUUUUAAGGAAAUUAGAAGAUAUAUCUGCCGGCAGCAGAUCAAGUGUCUCUCUAGAAGAUAUCAAGGAAGCUAUAAAUGAGAUGAAGAACAAUAUAAACAAAAAUCAGAAUUAUACUGCAAGAAAUCUUAGAAAUAUUACGGACGCAACUGAAAAUUUGAUGAAGAACGUCGCUACAAACUAUGCUUUUAAUGGUCAACAGUCAGAUGUAAAAGAAAUCCUGAUCGACGUAAAAAAUCUACAGAAUAAAAUAAGUCAGCUACCACAAAAAUACGACGUAGGUAUACAUCAAAAUUAUACUUUACAAAAACUGGACAAACUGUCAGCUGACGUGUCAAUUUGUAAGCAACAAUCCACAGAUGAAGUUCGACACGUUCUGGAAAGUAUUAUAAAUAACAUCAAUAAAUCUCACGAAGAUAUCAUUGAAAAGCUUAACGAUCUCUCUGAAAUUACAGCUACUCUCGGAGGAAAUUUUGUAACUAACUAUGAUAAAAUUAGAAAUGAAAUUAAAGGUUUAAAUAGGUUAGACCAAGUAAUGAUAAACACUGCCGAUAGUGUUAUUGAUACCAAACGAAAAGUAGAGUUUGGAGUGCACCAAAUUUUGGCGGAGAUAUCCAAAUAUUCGAAGGAAACCACUAAACAUGUCCAACAAGCAGUGAGUAACAGACUAGAUACUUUCGAAACAUCAAUUUUGGAUCCAGACACUGGAGCUCUGGCUAAUUCAACAUCAAAGAUAGAAGAUGACAUCCAACAAGUUUGGCGGCAAAUAGGAAUAAUGUAUCAACAAAUGAGUACCAACUCAGAUGCUCUUAAACAAUUGCAGAAUCAGACUGAUGCGUAUAUUACUGGUUCCCUUGGGACAAUGAACAAUAUGAAAGGAAAAGUUGGUCAAAUAACGGGACGAAUAACUGAGGUUGAUGAAAAUCUCAACUAUCUGCUCGGAAGACUUUCGUUGGUAACGCAAGAAUUUAACGGAAUCAAAACCGGUCUCAGCUCUGCAUUAGAAAAAAUCAAAGAAAGUUUCCAUGCAGUACAGAAAAAAAUUGAUGAAGGACCAGGACCACACAAUAUUGACAGCAGUGAAGAAGUGCCUCCCACAGCUUAAUUUUUUUAAUAAUUCUUAUUUAUUGCAAUGUUUGUUCGAGCGAAUAUUUGUAUUUUAGUAUAGCUAGACUUAAUUUUUUAUUAAAGUGUGAGUACUUCAAAACCGUAAAUAAAAUUUAAAAAAAUCGUUUAAAAAGUCUGUUCAACCUAAAAUAAAAAAAGCAAUAUGCUAAACAUACACCAUCAUUGUCAUUGGUAGUAAAGUUCUAGUAUUGAUUAUAAACCACCACCUAGAUACCUCACUCUAAGGUAAAAACGAAUUCAGUGUUA